UUGCGUGCCUUCAGAGCCAGGUCCUUGGUCCCCUGGAGCCUUACGCUGCCCCGCUGGAGUUAGCGACUGUGCGUUCUGCCCUAAACCUACAACUUACUCAAGACUUUGUUCGCCAUGGUAACUCAUCCACCGUCAUGACUAUGGAAAAAAAUAAAAUUACCUCGCCUGGCGAUGGCUCGAGUCUAUCUACCAUCUGGAGAAUGGCUGGCCUCAAACUCCCAAGCUCAACGACAUUCUGCUUCAGACUCCCAGACAGCACGCUGUACAUGGCUCAGCAUGCCUGAUGGUGGAGACAUCCUACAGAUUUGCAUCUGAAUAGACAGUCAUUUAAGGGUUUCUCUGUAGCUUUGGAGCCUGUCCUGGAAGAACUAAAGACCAGGCUGACCUUCAACUCACAUAGAUCUACCUGCCUCUGCUUCCUGAGUGCUGGGAUUAAAGUCCCCUAUUCAGUUUGACAGGCUUGCUUGUCCUGAUAGGUGGCACCCACACGUGGAACCUCAGGAAGAACACUGCGAGUUAUUGGAGCAAAAUUGUGAACAUGGAGCAGGGUAAUAGUAGACAGCUGUUUAUACAUUUGAUUAAAGAUAUUUUAAAAGCCAGAGGAGCUAAAGUGGAGCAGCAGCAAGUACAAGAAUUCUUAGAGUUUGUCGAGCAGGUGUGCCCGUGGUUUUCCAAGCACAUGACCUUGGAUGCAGACACGUGGAGGAGAAUUGGAGCGAAAAUCCAAAAGCAUUCUAACAAGCACGGGCCUGGAAAGGUCUCCGUUGGUGCUCCCGGUCUAUGGGCACUUAUCCAGGACAGCUUGGAUUUGCACCCUGAAGGGCAGAAGGUGUUUCCCCCUGAAACAGUUAAAAGUGAAACAAAACCCUCUGUGCCACUGGAGGAGCCCGUGGAUGCGGACACCUUUACAGAAUUGUUGGAUGAUGAUCAGUUUGAUCCUGUUGAAGCUGAGUUUGAGGAAGAACCCACUGGGUACAGUAAUGAGAAGUUUUCACCUCCCCAGAUUCAGACUGUGAAUGUCAAAGGGCAGAAACCUGGUGAUGAGAUUGGGGAGGAGCUGAAGGGCUUGAGGGAUUUGGUAGUUUCCCUCUCACAAAAACUGGAGAGUCUGCAAGUCUCUUCUCGGAAGGACACUCCUCUUCCUACUGUCAUGGCUGGAUUAGAUCCGCUUGGGGGGCCAUCUGUGGUGCAAAAACUUCCCACGGUAUGGCGCGCACUCACUGUUAGUCAUAUGUCUCCGCUGCAAGCUAGUGUUAAAGAAGCAGCUAGCAGAGGGGAGGAUGUGCAAGGGUUUCAGAUGUUCCAAGUGAUUGAGCAGCGAGAUGCCCAGGGCAAUAUUAUUUUGGUGCAUAUGCCGAUUCUGUUUAAACAACUCAAGGAAUUAAAAAUGGCAUGCUCUCUCUAUGGGCCCACUGCACCCUUUACAACAGGUCUGCUUGAAGACAUAACUAUAAUGAUCUUGACUCCUGGGGAUUGGAAACUGAUUGCCAGAGCUUGCCUGUCAAAAGAGCAUUACCUAUUGUGGAAAGCUGAAUUUAUGGAACAAUGUAAAGCCACAGCUGAAAGAAAUUGGGCCCAACAAAGUUCCAUUACUUUUGAUAUGCUUGCCGGAGAAGGCAUUUAUCAGACAACAGAUCAGCAGUUAAAUUUUGAUCUGGCAGUGUAUGCCCAGGUAGAUAUGGCUGCCAAGAUGGCCUGGAAUAGGCUUCCGUCUACUGGGACGCAUACCGUGGACUUGUCAAAAAUAAGGCAAGGACCUGAUGAAUUAUUUCAGGACUUUGUCUCUAGGUUGAGGGAGGCAACAAGCAGGUUAAUUGGGGUUACAGAAGAUAGAUUUGUCAAAGUGCUAGCCUAUGAAAAUGCUAAUGCUGUCUGUCAGGCUGCUUUGAGACCUUAUAGAAACAAGGGCAACAUCUCUGAUUAUAUUAGACUUUGCUCGGAUAUUGGGCCUUCAUAUACUCAGGGGUUAGCUAUGGCUGCUGCAUUACAGGGAAAAACAGUUAAGGAUAUUCUCUUCCAACAAAGAAAUCAAGGCCCGAUAAAAGGGAGAGCUGUGGGCUCUUCUGGAAGUUGCUUUGGGUGUGGCCGGAUGGGGCACAAGGUCAAGCAGUGUCCUGAUAAGAGUAAAAGUGUUGGGACAAAGAAGGAACCUGGAUUGUGCCCAAAAUGCAAGAGAGGAAAACAUUGGGCUAAUGACUGUAGAUCAAAGAAGGACGCCCAUGGGAAUCCACUGCCAGGAAGAGGGCAGAAGGGCCUGCCCCAGGGCCCGAGACAAUGUUGUGGGGUGCUUCGGAAGUCUGUUCCUCUGCAAGGAAAUGGUACCUCAGCAGUGCAGAAUUGGAUCUCAGUUCUUCGCUCUGCACAGUUUUAACUUCCAAAAUGGGUGUGCAAACCCUCCCUUUCGUUGUUUAUGGGCCUUUACCAAAAGGCACUGUAGGGUUAUUGCUGGAGAGGAUUAGUACCACCACACGGGGGUUUGGUUGCUCCCAGUGUUAUUGAUGCUGAUUAUGAAGGAGAAAUCAAGGUUAUGAGCCACUUGCCUAAUCGAAUUUCUGGUAAAGAUGGGCUUGAAACCUGCACAAUUAAUUUUACUUCCCCAAGUGUAAACAAUAAAUCAAGUUUCAAGAGGUAAAAGAGAAGAGGCUAGAUUUGGUUCAUCUGAUGCCUGCUGGUCCACAGACAGUGCCCAGAACUCACUUUGUUUAUAAAUGGAAAGAGCUUUUCUGACCUCCUAGGUAGUGGUGCAGAUGUGUGUUAUUACUGCCAGUCAGUAGCUUUCAGUGUGGCCAAAGAUGGAUGCUAUUACACAACUGCAAGGGAUUGGCCAGACAGUCCUGAACAAAGUAGCAUUGGACUUUCCUAGAAAGAUGAAGGAGGUCAUGAAGGAGCUUUUCGACCAUACAUUUCUCCCCACUUGUUUGUAAAUUUGUGAGGUCAAGAUGUUACGAGCCAAAUGGGAAUGUAUUUGUAUAGCCCCAAUGCAAUUGUCACUAAACAUGUUUGAACUAGGACUCCUACUUGAUCAGGGGUUAGGAAGAAACAAUGCCCUGCUUUGUGGGUCAUAUUCGGGUUCAUUCUAAUCUUCCUGGCCCUCUAGCGGACAGUAAUGCAUUGGCUGAUAUAUUAAUACAGAUGGUCCACCUUGUCCCAGGUAGAAUUGACUCAACAGUCUCAUGCCCUUCCUCAUCAUAAUAGCAGAAAUUUAAGAAAACAAUUUGAUCUUACCAGGGAAGUUGCUCAUCAGAUUGUUAAGGAAUGUGAUACAUUGCCUGUGCCUCCUUAGGGGUAAAUCCUGAGGCCUUCUUCCUAAUCAUUUAUGUCAAAUGACUGUUAGUCUUGUUCAGAAUUUGGGAAAUUAAAAUGUGUGCAAAUGACAGUCAAGUUUCUUGAUGGCCACUGCACAAACUGGUGAUAGCUCAUUGCUUAAAAUGUUUUUCAUAUAUGAGGAUUCCUAAAAUAAAAACUGAAAAUAGAUCAGGAUAUAUCAGUAAAGCCUUUCAGCAGUUUUUUCCCCAAUGGUGAAUUGAGCAUAAAACAGGCAUUCCUUACAAUCCUCAAGGACGAGGUACUAUUGAACAAUCUCAUGGCAAUCUAAAGAUACAACUUAAUAAAAAAGUAAGUUAUAUCCUCAGUCAGCACAUAAUGUAUAAAUCAUGCCCUUUUUAUUUACAAUUUUUUGAAUAUGGAUGCUCGUGAGCAGUAUGCAAUGGAUAGAUUUUGGCAUGAUGGCACUCAAGUGACUUUUGCUGAGGUGAAAUGGGAGAAAUCUUGCACUGUGUUUUGAAAGAACCCUGACCCUGUUUUGAUAUGGGGUCGAGGGCAUGUUUGUGUUUUUUUUCCACAGGAAGAAAAGGAAACUUGAUGGCUGCCUGAGCAUUUGGUGUGGUGUGUGGAACAGGAGUACCUGCCCUGAUGAUAUUGUGGCUGUUGAUGCUCCCCCAGAGGAGUUGGAGUGAGACUUCUGAACCUGUUUCCUGAUCCUCCGAUAUUACAUCCCACAUUCUUAGAAGGGAAGGAGAUUAUAGUGACGGCUGAUGAUUCCUGGCUUUUUGAUAGACCUGCCGAACAAAUUUUCCAGACCUCUGGAUCUGGAGAAGGAAUGCCUAUCUUUAUCCACACUUUGUCUUGGGACGCAGAGGUCACCUUUACCAGUAUAGUUUUCAUCUGCUGUUGAAAUAGAAGGCCUGGAGAACAGGUGCCUCAGACGUUUCCCCUCUGGGAAACACACUACUAUGGAGGCAAUGUGUGUAUUCAGUAUAACACUGGAAUUGAGAAAUAUGUGCUGGACUGGUUGGGAAACCAAAUUGGAAGUACUGAAGACCCCCCCAACUGACUAGUAGAAGUGGAAUAAAGGCUUUAAUGCUAGCAUUCAGUAUAUGGAAGUUGGUAGCAUCAAUUCAUUGAAUUUUAGAGUAAGGAAAAGGUUCAGAAUUAUGGAGUUGCUCAUACCUCAUCCACCACAAAAACAUUUUCUUCUCCCUUGAAUGAAUCAGAACUACGAGAAUUGUAAUUUAACCAAUUUUGUGUCCAUUAUUAAUACACUAGAAUUAUGUUGUUAGCCUGUUAAUGUUUGGUAUCUCUUCUGUUCACA